GGAGCUCGAGAUGACCUUUGGCUGCGAUAACUGCAGAUGCGGCGGCCCCCGUUUUACAUUUUUUAGUGUAAUUUCUCAUCUUAAAAGCAAGGUUGCCGUGGUUUACAUUUUCUUCCGUCGAUGCCCAUGAAAUUUAAAGACCCACAUGUACGUGUAAUCUCAGAGGAGGGUUCGUUCUUUGAGGUUCCACGACGAACAAGAUGGAGUAUAGCUAUGCCCAUGACAGACAGGAGGCGCGGGCUAACCCAGAGCCAGGCCAGGGGCACCCUCAGAACCAGCAUCUUUUGCAUUACCAGCACCAACAGUACCCACCACCGCACCACCCAAUACAGACAGGGUACCCUGGACUCAGACUUGCCCCGUACAUGAACCCGCUACCGGUGCAGGGUGGGGGGACAUCAGCAGGACUUGGUCUUGGUCAAGAGGGAGGUCUGGUCCAACCCCCAAGGAUUCCUACCUCAGGUUCUACAGCAAGCAGCCGGGAUUCCAGUCAGAAUAGUCAUGAAUUUGAGAACGUUCUUAGUACUGUCAUGCAAGGGAGCAAUGUACAAGGUCACUACCACCAAGAGGUACCACCACACAGCCAGCAUGGGAUACAUCUCCAACAGAUCCCAACGUUGCCAUCGACCCAGCAAACAUCACCACCCCUCCAGCAAGGUCAGACUGGUGGUAGCAACACCUACCACAUAGAGGACCUCUCCCACAACACUCGCCUCCCAACUACCACCUCCUGCGACCCAUUGAGCACCGCUCCUGGGAGCAUCGAGGUGUGUGCCAACACGUCCAAGAGCAACUCGCGUGCCGUAUCUUCUACGGGUCGCACGCCUAAGAAGCGGGCCGCUCCAGGAUCUAACCCCAAGCAACUGAGUAAGGUGCCCAGCAUGCGGACACCAGUGAUGCAGAUAGUGACUCCUCAGGUUUACCAGCAGACACAAGUGCCACAGCUGCACCAGGACCAGACUCCUCGCCCAAGGGACACCAUUAGCUUCAGCAAGCACUGCCAGACGGAACCGUUGUUCCAACAGAUCUACAAUGCCUAUGUGCACUUCUCCAAGGAGAAGGAACUACCUGAUGGCCUCAGUUAUACAGAGGAUGAGAAAGAGAAGAAGAUAUCUGGUGUCGUCGCAACCAAAGACCUCGAGGUUGGGGUGCAGUUUGGACCGUUUACUGGAGAGUUUGUGAAGGAAGGCUUGGGUUGCUUCAACCCAAACACAUGGGAGGUAUGCGUGAGGGGAAAGACCUGGUACUACAUCGACGGAGCCACCGACCCUCACAACUGGAUGCUCCAUGUCCAGUUUGCCAGGAAUUCUGAGGAACAGAAUUUAGAGGCCUUCCAGUUCUAUGGGGACAUCUUCUUCCGAACCACCAAGCCUGUAACGUCUGGUACGGAACUGAGGGUGUUCUACAGCCAGGAUUACUCUAAGCAUGUGGGCUUCAAGGAAAACCUCAACAACCUGCUGUACUUUGAAGAUGCUGAGAGGUUUGAGUGCAGAGACUGUGACAAUCGCUAUACCAACUCCAAAAGCCUGUUCAGACACAUCAAGUUUGAACACGACAACAAGAAGAACCUGAUUCCUCCCAAGGAUUUUGAACCAGCCAAGCCCACUCCACCCCCGAAGCCAAAGAUACCGAACCUCAUGACCAUCAAGGAUGUCGCAGCGAAGAUGGCGAGGGACAAAGAGCGUAAUGCAGAGAAGGCUCGGGAGAGACCUCGAGUGGACAAGUCCAAGAGAUUCUUGAAGGUCAAGCUCGUCCCACUUGGAAAAUCUUCAGAGAAGGACAAGAAAGAAGAAGAGUUCUCUUGCAAGAGGUGCAGGAAGAAGUUCCCGUCGGAGGGGCACUUGAAGGAACAUGCUGCAUUCCACAAGGAAAUGAAAGACGUGAAGCCAAUUUGCGAGGUCUGUGGACUUGAGUGUAAGCAUAACAAGGCACUGAAGCAACAUCAGCUUUCCCAUAACCCUGAUGCAUUCCAGUGUGAGUACUGCAAGAGGUAUUUCCGCAGGAGGGGUUGUCUUGUAUACCAUCUGAGGCACAUUCACCAGACCUUUGUGGGUGAGAAAUGGACAAGGGGCAACGUCCAGGAGCAGAUGACGAGAUACGUGGGGCCUGGCGAAGAUGAGGAAGAGGAAUUCCAUCCAGAACUGCCCAAGGACAUGUUAGAACCUGAGCCGAGAGGUGCGGGUGUCAAACGCGACAUGGACAUAGACCAUAGCAAGGAGACCGACUCUAAACCAAUACAGCGAGAUGCUCAGGACAAGAAAGAUGAAAACCAUAAGACUAAACCAAUCUGUGAAAUUUGUGGGGAGGAAUGUAAGCACAACAUGGCUCUGAGGCAGCAUCUGCUGUCACAUGACCCCAGCUCAUAUCAAUGUCAGUACUGUGAUUGGUUCUUCAAGAGGAAAGGCUGCCUUGUCUUUCAUCUCCACACCAGACACAAGAUCACCAUGGAUAGGAAAUGGCUCCGGGGACUAGAUGACCAGGAAGAGUCCAUGCGUGAGGAGAUGAGGAAGCAGAAGCAGUUGCAACAGGCUUUGAAUGACCCCAAGGGAUUGAGACAAAAAUGUAAGAUCUGUGGAAAGGAAUGCAACCGUAGCAGAGCCAUGAAGCAGCAUAUGCUGUCCCAUGACCCUAACUCGUUUCAAUGUCAGUUCUGCAAGCGGUACUUCAAGAGGAAAGGUUGUAUUUUUCCUUUGCGAAUCAUACAUCACCUGUCCGUUGGUAAAAAGUUGUCCUGUCUUGAAAAAGAGGAUAUGAUGACACCAACCACAACUGACAGCAAAGAACUUAAUCAGAGCAACAAUUUGAAUGACUAUGACAGUAUGGUGGAGGAAAUUGAAAGCUUAGACUCUACCAAAGAAGAAUAUGACUAAAGGACAGUUCAUCAAAGGAAACGGCAACAGAAGAAACCUACAUCUCAUACACCAUGGUAAACCAGUCAAUUCAGAGGUGGU